AUGGAUCAAAUUGGUAAUAAAUUGUCUUCACUUCUUUUCCAUAUUCUAAGUAUUGUAACCGAACUCGCUUUUCGUCAGAAUCAACAAUCAACCGCUUUAAUCCAAUUGUUUGACGUUAUUCGUCUUUUAGCCUUCGAAUCGCAUCGAGAUGCUCAUGAUCCUCAUAAUGGUAUCAACCAUGGACCUCCAUCUCUACCUCCACCGCCCAUGUCACCUCAUUCUCCACCUCCACCUCCACCACACAUGCCCUUCAUUCCGUUUCCCUUUGCACCUCCUUCCCAUUCAUCUCAUCAACCACCUCACAUGUUCCCCCACUCUCUUCCACCACCACCACCUCCACCACCUCCUUCCUACCAGUCGUCCCCUAACAGUUUCCCACCUCCACCUCCACCCAACUUCUCACCCUUCCCAUCAUCUAAUCAAAUUAGUCUCUAUCCCAUGAGUAACUCAUUCAAUUCAACCUUCUCAGACUCCUACAUGCAACCCAGUCAUCGAUUGGGUGUUAUCUAUGAUGAUUAG